CCUUUAAACUUCUUUUUCUCUCUCUCCAUCGUUACAAAAACCAGAGAAGAAGAAACAAAAUCAAUAAUCUCAAAUCUUCGAAAUCGAAAUCGGAAUCUAUAAACGAUGUCUUGCUCCGUCGCCGUUUGUAAUUCUCCGGUGUUUUCACCGUCGUCGUCUCUAUUCUGCAACAAAGCUUCGAUUCUCUCUUCGCCGCAAGAAUCUCCUGGAGGUGUUUGAAGAGGAAACGACCUACAAGGCUUGAUAUACCGAUUGGUGUUGCUGGAUUUGUAGGUCCGAUUUCGUCGUCUACGGCGGCUUUGGCUGAGACGCCGAGGGAGGAGAGUAGAGAGGUCGAGAGAGAUGGUGAUGGUUAUUCUGUUUAUUGUAAGAGAGGAAGAAGAGAAGCUAUGGAGGAUCGUUUCUCUACUAUCACCAAUCUUCAUGGAGAUCGUAAACAUGCGAUAUUUGGAGUCUAUGAUGGUCAUGGAGGAGUUAAAGCGGCUGAGUUUGCGGCUAAGAACUUAGAUAAGAACAUUGUAGAAGAAAUAGUUGGUUUAAGAGACGAGUCUGAGAUAGCUGAAGUGGUGAGACGCGGUUACUUGACAACAAACGCCGCGUUUCUUAAGGAGAAAGAUGUCAAGGGUGGUUCGUGCUGUGUUACGGCUAUGGUUAGCGAAGGGAACCUUGUUGUGUCUAAUACUGGUGUGGUGACUGUCGUGCUGUUUAGCGAAGGGAACCUUGUUACGGCCAUGAUGAUCCAGUGUCUGAAAGAUUAACUCGAAUGAAAGCCUUACCUUGAGAUUUAGCUUAAGAGCCCUUGACAAAAGUUAUAGGAAAUUGAGUUAGCUUUCCAAAGGCGGUGAUUACAGGCCAAUUAGAGCAAUAGUUCAAGAUUUAUGACCGAUUUAGUUUACACAUAUCAAUAUGACGUAGACGCAUCUGAAAUUAGAAAUCUCUAGCUUUAUUUCAGAUUCAGUUCUCUAAUAUUUCUUGGCUAUGUUUGUGUUUACGAUAAAGCUCUUUUUUUUUAGAAGAAUGAUUUGUAAAUUAUGUGAUUGUUGAAUUCAAAAGAAGUUUUGGAGAGGUAGAAUUUUCGGAUUGAGACUGAUAAUGAAGUUGUUGAGAAAGGGUCAGUCUUUUUUUUUGAAAA